AUGAGGUGGGAAUUAUGUGGUCUUAAAAUAUAUUCUGUUUUUGCCCUGGACCGGCUCAAGGUGUUUGAUGGGAUCCCGCCACCCUAUUACAAGAAAAAACGGCAGGUGGUUCCUGCUGCCCUCAAGGUAGUGCGGCUGAAGCCCACCCGGAAGUUUGCCUACCUAGGGCGCCUGGCUCAUGAGGUUGGCUGGAAGUACCAGGCAGUGACAGCCACCUUGGAGAAGAGGAAGGAGAAGGCCAAGAUUCAUUACCGCAAGAAACAGCUCAUGAGGCUAUGGAAACAGGCCGAAAAGAACGUGGAGAAGAAAAUUAACAAGUUCACAGAGGUCCUCAAGACCCAUGGCCUCCUGGUCUAAGCCCAAUAAAAUUGACUGUUAA